AUGGCAAGGUCGUCAGAGCCAUGCCAAGAAAUGCAUAGCAUCCUCAGCAGCAACAACAACACAAUAGGGCACAAAAUCCCAUUGCCGUCUCCGCUGGAAAUGGGUUCAUCUUCAGCAUUGGGCGAGAAAGCACACGUCGUGUGCCUGCCGGCGGCCGCGCAAGGGCACAUCAACCCAAUGCUCGACGUGGCCAAGAUGCUCCACGCCCGCGGCUUCUACAUCACCUUCGUCAACACCGAGUAUGACCACGCCCGCCUUGUCCAUGCGCAGGGCGCGGCCGCGGUGGCCGGUGUCCCGGGGUUCCGCUUCGCCACCAUUCCGGACGGCAUGUCACGGUCCGACAACAACGUCACGCAUGAUGUCCCGUCAAUCUGCAAGGCCAUCGCGGAGGUCUGCCUUGGGCCCUUCCGCCGCCUCCUCGCGGACCUCAACGACCCGGCAACGGGCCACCCGCCCGUGACCUGCAUCCUCUCCGACGUCGUGAUGGACUUCUCCAUGGAAGCAGCCAGGGAGCUCGGCCUCCCCUAUGUCCAGCUAUGGGCAACCAGCGCCGUCAGCUUUGUCGCUCUCCGGCACUGCCGCCUCCUCUUCGACCGUGGCCUCGCACCAAUCAAGGACUUCAAGCAGCUGACGAACGAGUACCUUGACACGCCAGUGGAAGACUUGCCGGGCCUGCAGAACAUGAGGUUGAGGGACUUCCCGACCUUCAUACGCAGUCCGGACCCGGACGACUACAUGUUGCAUUUCACGCUCGGGAUCGUAGAGCGCGCGGUCGGCGCGUCGGCACUGAUCAUCAACACCUUCGAUGACCUCGAGGGAGAGGCGGUGGCGGCUAUGGAGGCGCUCGGCCUGCCCAAGGUCUACACCAUUGGCCCGCUCCCGCUGCUGGCGCCGAGCUCAAACAUCAGCAUGAGCUUGUGGAAGCAGGAGGAGGAGUGCCUGCCGUGGCUCGACGACAAGGAGCCUGGCUCCGUUGUGUACGUGAACUUCGGCAGCACCACCAUAAUGACCAACGAGCAGCUGGUAGAGUUCGCCUGGGGCCUAGCCAUGAGUGGCAGGCAUUUCCUCUGGAUCAUCCGUCUCGACCUCAUCAGGGGUGACACCGCGGUACUUCCCCCGGAGUUCUCGGUCGAAACCGCUGAGCGUGGUCUCAUUUCCUCCUGGUGCCCGCAGCAGCAGGUGUUGAAUCACCCAGCAGUGGGCGUGUUCCUAACACAUAGCGGCUGGAACUCGACACUGGAUAGCAUGUGUGGCGGCGUGCCCGUCAUCAGCUGGCCAUUCUUCGCAGACCACCAGACCAUCUGCCGGUACCAAUGCACUGAAUGGGGCGUUGGCAUGGAGAUCGACAGCGAUGUUCGACGUGACACCGUCUCAGGACUUAUCACGGAGGUCAUGGAGGGGGAGAAUGGCAAGGUGAUGAAGAAGAAGGCGCAUGAGUGGAGGGAAAAGGCGGUCAAGGCGACCAAGCCCGGCGGCUCGUCUCGCCGCAACUUCGAAGAGUUGAUCCAUGAGGUGCUAGCUCCUACUCCUCGCCGCUCUGCAUAA